GUACUCAAUUACCCCAUUUGGUUUGGUUUUCCCCAUUUCACAUCUCUACAUCUACACUACAUGCAUACAUAGUCCCUCCUCCCCUCCCCCGUACCAAUACCAAUUUCUUCUUUCACACCAAAACAAAAGCAUUAACUGUUUUAACCCAGUGGAGGGCCCUAAAAUGCGCCUGGUGCGUGCAGGUCAGGUGCAGCUUAUAAAGUUACGCCGCGCCCGGUUUCGUCGAGGAAGCUGCUGAUCUAUUAACAAGUAAAGGCGGUAGAAAGCCAAAUAAACAUGUCCACAAAUGUAGCACACGCCUUGGAAUUCGACUUCCUUGAAAGCUGCUCUUUUCAGCCUUGAUCCUCUUCUUCUUCCUCCUUUCUACUACAAUUAUCAUUUGUUGAUCCUCGCUAUUUUUCUUUUGGAAAAAGAAAAGGCAAAAUUGAUCUCCAACGAGUUCAACGAUCCAUGUCGUCGGAUAUAAGCUAAACCUUUCUGCACAAUCUUCCUUUCUCUUCAACGACUCAAAACUAAGUUGUUUUCAUUCUUUGUUGCGAGAACAAAAAAUAUGGUGGCUAAAUGCAGCAACUUUAACGGAGUGUACUGCGACGAGAGUUUCGUGACUGAUCUCGCCAGUUCGAUCUUGUAAUCGGCAUCUGCGGCGAAUCUUUUAAAAGAUCGUUCCUUCUUUUUGGCUUCCUUUUCUUGUUUGCCGAAGAGGGAAUGGGAACGGAUAGUCUGUUACUGGCAACGGUGGGACCGCCGAUAAAACCACGAGCGGGGUUGAGGAGAAAACAGGCUGGAAGAGGCUCUUACAGAGGAAGCUAGGGGCCUUAUUGCAAA